AUGGUCACUUCCCGUUGGGUAGUUGCGUAUGUUCAGCACGCCGAGUACGCCGCUGCUCACAGUAGUCAACGUCGCUCGACUUACGAUCGCGGUACCCUCAGCCAGAUCUGCCAGGACGCCCAGCUCAACAUCAGCAGCGGCAAGGGCUUCUACACCCAUAACGCUGUCGUCCACAGCGACGCCAUGCACAAGGAUGGAUACGUUCACCCCACCAUCUUCAACUCUCGCCUUCAGGGUCACACGCCCAUGCUCAACGCCCAACGCCCAAACUUUUGUCCUUCAUGGACUGACUGGAGGAUGGAGAGGUGGAGCUGCGGGAGUCGGAAGGAUGGAAGACGAUUGAGAUUGGAUGGGUUCAUGACUGACGGGUUGAAGCAAAGUCUGAGUGGGACAGCUGGAUGGAGGUCCGACGCUGGGGCUGGUUUUGUAUCAUAG